UACACGUGGGUUUCGAAUUGGAUACCCAUAAACACGAAUCCGGUGUGAAUUGUCGGUUUAAGAGAUGAAUGAGAACAACACGACACCAGUUUAUAACAGCCAAACACCCCCACUUUCCGCCAUGCUUAAUUCUAAGCUAUUUCUCAAAGCAUCUACGGUUCUUCUGAUCAUACACGUGUUGUUAUUAGUCGGAUUUCCGUCUAAUAAUCUCUCCGGUGAUGAUGCCUUUGAAGUUAUUCCGAUCAACGGUGGUGCGGUUGGACCGGAGAGCUUUGAUUUCAAUCCCGUUGAUGGUUCGGGUCCAUACACCGGCGUUUCCGAUGGCCGGAUUGUUAAAUUUAUUCAGAGUGAAGGCCGGUGGACUGAUUUUGGCUUCACUUCGCCUUACAGGGAGUCAUGUGGUGGGCCAGCAAUGGAGGAUAAAUGUGGGCGUCCAUUGGGCUUAAAGUUUCACAAAAGUAGGGGAGUUUUGUACGUUGCAGAUGCAUAUUUUGGGCUACUUGAGUUGGGCCCAAAUGGUGGGUUAGCCAAUUCACUAGUAUCAAAAGUCCAAGGACUCCCAUUAAAAUUUACCAAUGGUCUAGACAUUGACUACACCCGUGGAUUCAUCUAUUUUACAGAUAGCAGUCAGCGUUACACCCGUAGGGACCAUAUUCUUGUCACACUAACCGCGGAACAAAAGGGAAGCUUACUAAAAUAUGAUCUUGAAAGCAAAGAGGUGACCGUUGUACUUCAUAACCUCACGUUUCCAAACGGUGUGGCGUUAAGUAAAGAUGGUAAUUUUCUUCUCGUGACAGAGACGACAAACUGUAGAAUUUUGAGAUUUUGGCUUAAAACACCAAAAGCUGGCACACUUGAAGUAUUUGCCGAUCUUCCAGGGUACCCCGACAACAUUAAGAUAAACGAAAAUGGCGAAUUUUGGGUGGCAAUGUAUUCAAGAAAGAGAGAAAUUUUAAGUUGGGUUCACUCAAAGCCUUGGAUUGUAAAUAUUUUGAGUAAGCUUCCAUUUGUCAUUGUUAGAGUGACUUCAUACAUUAUUGCUAAACUAGAGAGUGAAGGUUUGGCAGCAAAGUUGGGGGUAGAUGGUGAGAUAUUGAAAAUCUUGGAGGAUGUAAAUGGUAAAACAUGGAAAUGUGCUAGUGAAGUGAUGGAGAGAGAUGGGUAUAUAUGGAUUGGUUCUGUGGAAAACCCUUUUGCAGUCAAAAUGAAGAUACAAGAAUAAUGGAAUGAGGAAACAUAAGGGAAGGUAUAUGUAUUAUAUGAGCAUAUAUAUUUUUAUAGAAAUAGAAUAAAAUGCAAGUUUUAUGGUUAUAUAAACUAAUUAUUAUUUGUAAAUAUAUAAAUUGACGAUACCACCCUUUCGAUGCA